AUGUUUGGGUCCAUGGCCUCCUUUGGCAACAGACAUGAUACUGCUGCUGGGAGCUUGCUUGGUUCUGAUGAGCUUAGGUGGAUUUUGGAGCUACAAGGAGUUGUGAUGGCUGAUGUUCGAAGGUUUGAGAGUGUAGUGUUGAAGCCGUUGCUGGUAUUAUGGAUUCAGCGGUUUUGCUCCAGGACACCACGCAGCUUGUGGCACAAAGCACGGAGGAGCUUUCUUCCUAUUGUGAACAAAAUCUCUUGGAUGAUGCGUGGAAGAGCUGGAGUUGCUCAGAUGCGCUGUGGGCUCUUUCGCUGUGGUUUGUACUUAUCAUUGGUCGCUUCAGUGCGCACUUCCCAUGCCAUGCUCCUCAUUGUGAAUUCCUGGAGUGCCUGCUUGUUGCAGGGUGAUGCGUCUUGCUUGGAAUCCAAGAAUGACUGGCGCUGCAUCAGUGGCCUGUUCCGCAAGACCUCCAGGACCUUUGAGCGCUGUUUUGCAGUCUUGGGCUCGAUUAUGGUCAUGCUGAUCUUCGCUGGGCUUUAUGAUUUGACACAAGGAAGAGGAGAGGAGAUCUUGGCCUCGAUCUCGUUGGCUCUUGUGGUGCCAGGUGUGCUGUGGACGCACGCAUCAACCACCACAGCAUGCAAUUGUUUGCCUUCUCUAGUCACCCUAUGCAAAGUGGAGAAUGAGGAGGAGGAUGCAGACUACAUGGGUUUGGCAAUGUUCCUGUCAUUGAGUGAGUGCGGGUUCUUUGUAUGGGAUACCUGCGUCACCGUUGGCCUUGUGCAGAAGUUCAUCUACUUCACAGCAGCAAUGGCCGGAACCAUUGGUUUUCAAACUGGAGCUUUGAACUUUCAGGGCUCCAAUCUCAAGUGA